CACUCCUCUCUAUAUCAUGGUGUCCACUUGUCCAGACUGCGUUACAGACAACUUAGCCAUCAGAGGAGAUUCAUUUCACUGGGAUCUGUACACCCACUUCCACAGCAGAGAUGAACGGAAAAUUGGCAUUAGCAUUGGUGCUUGCACUCCAAGUCUCUGUGUGCCUGUGUCAGGUACCAGAGCCCGAUAAGGAGCUGGUGGAAAAGUAUGAGGGCAUGAAGUCUGUGUUCUACAAAAGGCUUAUAAACGCCUACAGCAAGAUUCAGGCUGCCGUGGGGCCUUUGACUGAGAACCUACAACAGACUCAGGCUGCCAAGGACCACAUGGAGAAGAUUCAGGAAGACCCCAAAUUCCAGAGCGCCGUCAAGAUCGGAAUGGGUCUGGUGCAGGAGGCAGGGCCCCUGGUGGACAAGGCCCGUUCGGCCGGCCUGGGUCUGUAUGGUGAGUACCUGCGUCCCCACGUUGGCACCUACCUGGACGAGGCCAUCAAAGGCAUCAAGGUCUACCUUGACCAGAUCCUGCCUGCCGAGAACUGAUCCCUGGACAGCCUCCAUUGCACUGGACCACCCCACAUGGUUGUACCUUUCCACGCAGAGCCUGGCUCUCCUAUCCCUGAUGCAUGUAUUAAAUGGUAAAAAAAUUAAAAAAGGGGAAACACCUGAUGGUGACUGAGUGGAGCAAUGCCCAAUGUGAAACAUAUCCCUUUAAGUUUUCUGAUGUCAACACUUCCCUAGAUGUUUCUAAUCAUGGGAAACAAUGGUCAAAGCAUGUUAGUUAGAUAAGCAGACAAGAUCUUACAAGAGCUUGCCACUGUGCAUGUAUUUAACUAUAUGUCUGAUAUUCUAACAGAAGUUAAUGUGUGUAUUUGUUCAAUAAAGAUCUCAAGUGGAAAUUCUCCACUGA